CUCCGCAGCGGCUGCAGCGGGAGGACCCGGCCGGAGCCGCCGCCGCCGCCGCUAUCGCAGCCGGGCGGCCGGGCCCCGCCGCCGGGAUGCCGAGGAGCCGGGGCGGCCGCGCGGCGCCGGGGCCGCCGCCGCCGCCUGGCCAGGCCCCGCGCUGGAGCCGCUGGCAGGUCCCCGGGCGGCUGCUGCUGCUGCUGCUGUUGCCCGCGCUCUGCUGCCUCCCGGGCGCCGCGCCGGCGGCGGCGGCGGCGGGGGCCGGGAACCGGGCGGCGGUGGCGGUGGCGGUGGCGCGGGCGAACGAGGCGGAGGCGCCCUUCGCCGGGCAGAACUGGUUAAAGUCCUAUGGCUAUCUGCUUCCCUAUGAUUCACGGGCAUCUGCGUUGCACUCAGGGAAGGCCUUGCAGUCAGCAGUCUCCACUAUGCAGCAGUUUUACGGGAUCCCAGUCACCGGUGUGUUGGAUCAGACAACGAUCGAGUGGAUGAAGAAACCCCGAUGCGGUGUCCCUGAUCACCCCCACUUAAGCCGUAGGCGGAGAAACAAGCGCUAUGCCCUGACUGGACAGAAGUGGAGGCAAAAACACAUCACCUACAGCAUUCACAACUAUACCCCAAAAGUGGGUGAGCUAGACACGCGGAAAGCUAUUCGCCAGGCUUUCGAUGUGUGGCAGAAGGUGACCCCACUGACCUUUGAAGAGGUGCCAUACCAUGAGAUCAAAAGUGACCGGAAGGAGGCAGACAUCAUGAUCUUUUUUGCUUCUGGUUUCCAUGGCGACAGCUCCCCAUUUGAUGGAGAAGGGGGAUUCCUGGCCCAUGCCUACUUCCCUGGCCCAGGGAUUGGAGGAGACACCCACUUUGACUCCGAUGAGCCAUGGACGCUAGGAAAUGCCAACCAUGACGGGAACGACCUCUUCCUGGUGGCUGUGCAUGAGCUGGGCCACGCGCUGGGACUGGAGCACUCCAGCGACCCCAGCGCCAUCAUGGCGCCCUUCUACCAGUACAUGGAGACGCACAACUUCAAGCUGCCCCAGGACGAUCUCCAGGGCAUCCAGAAGAUCUAUGGACCCCCAGCCGAGCCUCUGGAGCCCACAAGGCCACUCCCUACACUCCCCGUCCGCAGGAUCCACUCACCAUCGGAGAGGAAACAUGAGCGCCAGCCCAGGCCCCCUCGGCCGCCCCUUGGGGACCGGCCAUCCACACCAGGCACCAAACCCAACAUCUGUGACGGCAACUUCAACACAGUGGCCCUCUUCCGGGGCGAGAUGUUUGUGUUUAAGGAUCGCUGGUUCUGGCGCCUGCGCAAUAACCGAGUGCAGGAGGGCUACCCCAUGCAGAUCGAGCAGUUCUGGAAGGGCCUGCCUGCCCGCAUCGACGCAGCCUAUGAAAGGGCCGAUGGGAGAUUUGUCUUCUUCAAAGGUGACAAGUAUUGGGUGUUUAAGGAGGUGACGGUGGAGCCUGGGUACCCCCACAGCCUGGGGGAGCUGGGCAGCUGUCUGCCCCGUGAAGGCAUUGACACAGCUCUGCGCUGGGAACCUGUGGGCAAGACCUACUUUUUCAAAGGCGAGCGGUACUGGCGCUACAGCGAGGAGCGGCGGGCCACGGACCCUGGCUACCCUAAGCCCAUCACCGUGUGGAAGGGCAUCCCACAGGCUCCCCAAGGGGCCUUCAUCAGCAAGGAAGGAUAUUACACCUACUUCUACAAGGGCCGGGACUACUGGAAGUUUGACAACCAGAAACUGAGCGUGGAGCCAGGCUACCCGCGCAACAUCCUGCGUGACUGGAUGGGCUGCAACCAGAAGGAGGUGGAGCGGCGGAAGGAGCGGCGGCUGCCCCAGGACGAUGUGGACAUCAUGGUGACCAUCAACGACGUGCCAGGCUCCGUGAACGCCGUGGCCGUGGUCAUCCCCUGCAUCCUGUCCCUCUGCAUCCUGGUGCUGGUCUACACCAUCUUCCAGUUCAAGAACAAGACAGGCCCUCAGCCUGUCACCUACUAUAAGCGGCCAGUCCAGGAAUGGGUGUGAGCAGCCCAGAGCCCUCUCUGUCCACUCGGUCUGGCCAGCCAGGCCCUUCCUCACCAGGGUCUGAGGGGCAGCUCUGGCCACUGCUCACCAGGGCCAGCAGGGCCCUAGGCUGGGGUCGUACAGCUGAAGUGGUGGGUGCAUUGGCCUAGGCUGAGCGUGGGGCAGGGAAUUAUGGGGGCUGUGCCCCAGGGUGGGUGUCUGGCACCCAGCUGCCAGCCUUCUGUCCUGGGCAAAUUACUCCCUACCUAAAGGAAUAGGCCAGGCUCCAUCCGGAGGCAGGGACCGUGCCAGGAGGAGCCCCUGUGGUCACGGCAUCCUGUGGUGUCCAUGAGGUACCACAGCUCCACCCCUGGCUGGAACCCAGCACCCUCUGUGGGAAGCCAGCACUAGCUCUCAUCCCCCAUCCGGGAGAUGCCACCAGUCCUGGUCCCCUUUUGCCAAUACCUGCUGGUCAGAUGUCCCCCUACCCCCACCCCACUGUCCUCCAAGGCUACAGGACCCCUGCUUCUGACACAGUGGGCAACAAGCCUGGGUUUCCCUGCUGGCAGAUGGCAGAACCCUCAGGAAACCUGCUCCACUUGUCAGGGUCUCUUCGGAGACCCAGGAUUUAGGGUCACAUGCUGCAGGCAGGGCUGUGGCCCAGCUGGGUCUGACAAGGACCCAGCUGUCACAUGGUGAAUAUUUAAAUGUCCUGUCACUACUGUUUAAAGUCCCAUUUUGCAAAGGCUGCUUGAGGCUUUAGGUGAACUAGAGGUGACUGUCUUGGUGAUGAGGCCAGCAUAGCGGCCCUCCCCCAGGCGACAAGGACCAAGGUGCUGCUAAGGCCACUCUAGCGCGCAGA